AUACCGGAGAGCAACAGUAACAGAAAAAACUGAAUGCCUUUGCCCUGUUGGCAAUUGAAAAUGGAUUCACAACUGCCCUGGAUUUUGAAGACAUCAUCGAGGACGCCUCAUCAAAACUCAGGAGAAAGCAUCUGUAAAUAUUGUGAUGAUGCCGUCAAGACGUGUUUCUGCUGUGAUGGAGGCCUGUGAUGCUGGAAGGCUGAAGAUUAUGCCUGAGUGGAGCAUGCAUGCUAAAUGCAGCAGACACCGAGCCCAGGGAGAAGAUCCUGACCUGCUGCUCACACACUACCUGUUACAGAUGGAGAUCAGUCUCAGAUCAGUCAGGGUUUCGACACUGACUCUGACUCUUCCGAAUCUGUUUCUGCUGUUACAUGGAGUUUUCUCUUACACUGAGUUUGAGAUCUCGCUCCCCACGCGUGUACAGGUGGGUGUGUACGGCGAGGCGGUCCAUCUGUCCUGCGUGUUCACAGUUAGCGGCUCGUGGGACGCAAACAGCAGCGUGAUCAUGUGGCUGCACAACCUAGAGGUGGUCCACAGUUUCUAUCAUAACCGAGACCAGCCGCAACACCAGAGCCGGAGAUACGCCAACCGCACCAGCCUGUUCCACCAGGAGAUGAAGAAGGGGAACGCGUCGCUCAGGCUGGACCGCACCACUCUGGAGGACGCGGGGGAGUACACCUGCUCUGUCAGCACUCGGCUGGGCAGGCAGAGAAAGAGCUUCCACCUCAAAGUAGCAGCGUUCUACCCCGAGCCUCGUCUGCAAAUCUCUGUGCUGCGCGACGGCCACAUGGAGGUGCUGGUGACCUCAGAGGGCGGGUUCCCCUCUCCCUCCCUGCAGUGGGUGAUGGGAAACGCCAGGGACGUCACCAACCACACACACACACAGCUGAGUAAGGACUAUCACACAGGUCUGUACAGCGUGAACAGUAAACUGAUCCUAAAUGUAACCGUCAACUCCUCCAUCACCUUCAUCAUGAAGAACCCAGAUCUGGACCAGACCAUCAGGAGGAUCAUCAACCUCUUCUCAGAAAAUGGAGGCUUUGACCAGAGGAACCAGCGAGCAGGACUUAUUGUGCUUUCUGUUGUUGUAGUUAUGUUACUACCUGUGAUCAUUUCACUAAUUAUCCUUCAAUACCGAAUGAUGAAAAAGGAAAAAUUCCGAAAUACUUCAGAGACUAACAUCGAGUCAUCAGAAGCUUCAAUCCAUCAGACAGCAGCUGAAAAACCUCCAUUGGAUGAAGCAGGAAGUGUUUCAGAAUUACUUGAUAAAGAAAAAUCUCAGGCCAGGCAGCUAGACUAGAAGAAGAAAUGUAGUUUAUUUCUUAGAUUUUGUUCCUUAAGCUCUCCACCAACUGGCCUUCAGCAGAACAGUCAGUGAUUAAGGCAGAUGUGUAGAGUCACAUCUUCAAAACCAUCUCCAUCCUGAUCUCCAGCUCCUGUCUUCCUCUCUGCUGAAACUUUUUAUGGCACUGAAUAUUUAGAAGAUUAAUGGACAAUGUUAAGGGUCUGGUGUCUCAGAUCAAACUCCGGACUUCAGCUAGAACUGAAGGUCAAUAAACCUCAUCACAGUAUUUUUGUAAAGAAGCAGUUAUUAUACUUUAAAUGAUCAGCUUGGUCUGUUUUACGGUUAUUUCAGGCAGGUGACAGUCAGCUGUGAGCACCGGUGUAUUUUCUGUGCUGUUCAUCAGUUAGUGUUAAAUUCAGUCCUCAACAGCUCCAGUCAUCACCAUGGCGACGUCCCUUUACAUUUGUGUUUGAAGUAAAAUAAAUGUGAAGGGUUCUGUUGUGUUAAAAGGUUGUUAGUUGAUAAAUCCCUCUUUCUGGACAAGGGUUACUGAUGCAUUUAUUAAUAAUUAUUUUUCAUUUUGAGUCAUGUGACAUUUUUACAUUUGUACAUUUAAAAUGUUUAUAAAAAUCUGAAGGUGAAUUUUAUCGGAAUAAAAAGUUUA